ACAUCACCUUCACUUCGCACUCAUCAGACUUGAUACCCGAGCACGCAUUCACUUAGCACGGCUUGCGCGAUCAACAAAGCGCAAGAAGGUCUCCACUCGACUGUUCGGGUAAGCGACUGUACUGCUCCGACCUUUGGCAUCCCAGACGCACUUUUGCCGCCUGCAUCACAGCAGGCCAAGGUCAAGUCACAAGUCUGAGUCGGCUUCUUAAUUACGAUCGAUACUGGUGCGAGCUUUACCCCCGCCCGCUGGCAUCAUACUCCCACCCGCCCACAAUGUCCGCUGCAGAAGUCACAAAGGACACAAAGCUCUCUGACCUCACAGAUGCCCAGAGAGCAGAGCUUGGACAGAGAGCCAAGGAAGAAAGCUUCUCGGGUCAGGCUCUUCUGGGACCCCAAGAGACUUUGGACGGAUUAGAGGAGGAGUACAGGAAGGGGAACUAUGCGGAGUUUGCCGAUAAGGUCAAGUGGUUGAGAGAGAAGGGAGACUUCAUUGGUAUGCGCAGGGUGCGCGGUGAUGGCAAUUGCUUCUACGCUGCUUUCGCUUUCGCCGUGGUGCAGAAGCUGCUGCAUUUCAACGACAGGCCGAUGCACCAUUUCAUGGUGAAGCACUUGGAAGGGACAUUGGCCCUUCUCAAGAAGACAGGCUUCGACGAAUCAAUCUACCUCGAGUUCUGGGAGCCAUUCAAGAAGCUGUUGAAUCGGAUGCACAGCACCGAUCCGGAAGUCGUAGAGCUCAAUGAUCAACGCUUGCAACAAGCUUUCAACGAUGCGUACAUUGUAAACUCAAUUGUUGCCUACUUGCGGCUGGUGACAAGCGCAUACCUAAAGGACAACGCGGAGGACUUCACACCUUUCCUCUUCACUCUAGAGGACGAGUUUGGGGGUAAAGCCCCAACGCUUGAUGACUUUUGCGCCAAUCAGGUCGAGGCUAUUGGCAAGGAAGCGGAUCACGUCCAGAUCGCGGCGCUUAGCAGCUGCUUGAAGGUGUCGCUCCACGUCGCCUACUUGACAGCUUCAGGUGCCCCCCCGGAGACCCCAGCUUUGGAGAAGAAGAUGGGAGAGGCAUUUGCCGGCGGCGUGGCGGUACCCGGAGAGGCGGCUGCGAUCAAGAGGGAAGCUGCGAACGAUCCGCAUCGCGUGGACCUGGUUGAGUUUGAGGUACCCUCGACGAUUGGCGUCGGCAUGGACAUUGGUACGCUUCUCUUCCGUCCCGGCCAUUACGACUUGCUCGUACGUGCAGCACCCCAAGCAUCUCCUGAUAUCAGCAUUCCUCGCGCAUAGAUGCGUUCAGAUGCAUCGCACACAUACAAGAAGAGCUCGCAUUGUCGACCUACUUGCCACCUCCCAAUCUUGUCUUGUCCAAAUAAUGAGUCGUCUUGAAUUAGGGUGUUGCAGUGGCAAACACUUUGCAUCACGCUAGGAUAGCGUCUCGUCUGCGGGAGCGCACCCGGGCUGAAGUUAAGUCAAGUCAGCCACAAGUCAUCAGACGUGGCAAGUGCAUGAUCCCGCUCAUCCCACAUCGUCGUCAUUCUAUGGUACACGCAACGAGAGCUGAGCGAUUGAGUGGCCGUGCUGAGGUGUGGCGCCAUAUGCCCCAAGACCAGACCUAUUUAUUGUAGGGACACCUUUCGUGCGCCUCUGAAGGAAAGCCUAGGUAGGGGCCACAAUUACACAUCGCUGCGCAUGCAUUCUACCCUGAAAUCGGACUUAUGCUGCGACCUGAACUCUCAGGUCCAGACCGCGAUCGAAUCGUGAAUGUUGACAGUUCGGAAGA